AUGACACCAAGACAGCUGGAGAAAGGCAGCAUGGAAGACAGUGUUCUUCCAAAGACCGAAGUCGUUGACUGGGAUGGGGAUGACGAUCCCACCAACCCUCGCAACUGGCCAGAGUCCAAGAGGUGGGCGCAUGUAGUCAUCGUCUCUAUCUUGGCUCUUAUCACGAACAUGGCGCCCACAAUGUGUGCCCCGGGGAUCAGGGAAAUCGAAGCCGACUUAGACAUCGCUUCCAGUGUUGCCAGUACCCUCGCUGUCACACUGUAUGUGCUGGGUAUUGCUAUUGGACCCAUGUUCAUGUCACCCCUCAGCGAAAUCUACGGACGCGUGCCUAUUUACCACGCAGCAAAUGUCAUGUUUGUGGCCUUUAUCCUUGGCAAUGCGCUAAGCCAGAGCCUAUCGCAGUUUCUCAUCUUUCGGUUCCUCUCUGGCUGCGCUGGCGGUACCCCGAUGGCUCUUGGUGGAGGGACGAUUGCGGACAUUACGACCAUCCAGAAACGAGCUGUGGCAAUGGCUCUAUUUAGUAUGGGGCCUCUGGCGGGACCCGUUCUCGGCCCAGUAAUUGGGGGCUUUGUUGCGGCAGGGCCAGGCUGGCGUUGGACGUUCUGGUUGCUAGCCAUCUUGGGAGGAGCCGCCGGCAUCACGGCACUGGUCGUCAUGCGCGAAACCCAUCCCAAGGUCAUUUUGGAGCGCAAAGCCACCCGUCUGCAUGCUACUACUGGCCAACCGAAUUUACGUUCCAAGCUUGGGAGUACUUCGCUCUCCCCAUGCCAGGUCCUCGUUCGGGUCCUAAUCCGACCGACUGUGCUCCUUUUCCGAUCGCCCAUCCUAUUCGUCAUAUCUCUCUACGUGGCGUUGGUGUUUGGAGUGAUGUAUCUCCUCUUUACAACCUUUCCUAGCGUGUUCGAGGGCCAAUACGGCUUCAGCACAUCCAUAUCCGGGCUCGUCUACUUAGGCCUAGGUGUUGCCUUAGUCACUAGCAUGCUCCUCUUCAACGUUCUGAAUGGACGGGUACAAGCGGCACGCAUGAAAGCCGAUGGGGUGCAACAGGCUCGACCAGAAUACCGCCUACUCCUAAUGAUUUGGUUCAGUCCUUUUGUCGGGCUCGGCUUGAUCAUCUACGGCUGGACGGCAUACUACAGGGUUCAUUGGAUCGUGCCUAUCAUUGGCACAGUCUUCAUGGGGUUUGGGGCCUUUUUCGUGAUUAUGCCCUCGCAACUGUACCUAGUUGAUGUUUUUGGAUCCCAGGCAGCUGCCUCCGCGCUGGGCGCUAAUAAUCUUCUACGAUACAUUUCGAGUACCUUUUUGCCACUCGCGGGGCCCGCCAUGUACCAUAGCCUGAAUUACGGGUGGGGGAAUACAUUGCUAGGGCUACUUGCACUUGCAUUCGUUCCAGGGCCGCUUCUGUUCUAUCGGUAUGGCGAGCGCCUCCGCGCCAAAUCUUUGUCGAACCUGCAUGCUGUGUCAAAAUAA